AUCCGCGUUCUUUCAUAUAUCAAAGUCUUGGCGCUCCCACUAGGGCUUCCAGAUUCAUGAGAAAUUUCCACCUAACUGCCACACACAAUGGAAAUCUGAUUUUGCUAAGGGAAUGGUUUUAUUCUCCACCCACUCUUGGCUUCCGGAGAAGUUUAAUCCACUUGUACGAAUCCAACACACAAAAAUCAAACCCAUGAUGCAUCUGCUCUCUAUAUAAGCUGGCAAUUAGGGGUAAUCUCAUCCAUAUAUGCCAAGAAUUAAAAUUAGCUGAAAAAUCUCUUCGAGACUAAGCCAAAAUGAAGGUGGAAAUCAUUGCUAGGGAUGCUAUCAAGCCUUCCUCUCCAACCCCUGACCACCUUCGAAAUCUCCAAUUCUCCUUCCUUGAUCAAAUUGCCACCCCUGUUUUUAUGCCAAUGGUUUUUUUCUAUCCAAUAGAAUAUUGUGAUGUCAAUGUUGGUAAUUUCAAGAGAACCGAGCGGUUGAAGGAAUCCCUGUCCGAGACCUUAACUCGAUUUUAUCCCCUGGCCGGACGUGUCAAAAACAAUGCCUUCAUUGACUGCAAUGACGAAGGCGUCCACUUCGUUCAAGCCCGAGUGAAGUCCCAACUUUCAGAUGUCGUAAGGCGACCCGAGCCAGACCAACUCAACAAGCUACUGCCGUAUGAAUUGGAUAACGUAGGAGACUUGAUUUUGGCAAUUCAAGUCAAUGUAUUCGACUGUGGUGGAAUGGCUAUCGGCGUUUGCAUCUCUCAUAAAAUUGCUGAUGCAUUAUCUCUAAUCAUGUUUCUUAAUAAUUGGGCUGCCACUGCUCGUGGGAACAUUGAUACAGAUACAGUCUCUCCACGAUUUGAUUUGGCCACCCUUUUUCCUCCCAGAAGCAUAUCCGGAUUUAAACCAAGCACUGGAAUUAUUAAAGACAAGAUUGUGACAAGGAGGUUCGUGUUCAGUGCUUCAGUGAUUGCCGCACUUAGAGCUAAGUAUGCUGACAAUGGUGGAAGUGGAGAACUCCAGAGGCGCCCUACACGGAUUGAAGCACUUUCAGCCUUCAUUUGGAGCCGCUUUAUGGCUACAACUCAGGGAAAACCUGACCCUGAAAAGCUUUACACAGUGCUUCACGCAGUGAACCUGAGAACAAGGAUGGAUCCGCCAUUGCCGCAAUACUAUUUUGGUAACAUCAGCCGAUUUGCAUUAGCACUGCCAUCUAUAAGCUCUGAGGAAGAGUGUUUUGGCAUCGUGAAUGAGGUAAGAGAUGCAAUAAGUAAGAUCGAUGGCGAUUACGUGAGGAAACUCCAGGAGGGAAACGGCCACUUGAAUUUUAUGAAAGAGAGAGCUGAGAAAAUCACAAAAGGAGAGGUGGUUUCUUUUAGCUUUACUAGUUUGUGCAGGUUUCCGCUUUAUGAAACUGAUUUUGGAUGGGGGAAACCCAUUUGGGUUGGCUCGGCUAGCCUUACCUUCAAGAAUUUGGUGGUUUUCAUGGACACAAGUUCGAGUGGCGGCAUUGAGGCAUGGAUUAAUAUGAAGGAGAAAGACAUGGCUAGGUUCGAAAGUGAUGAGGAAUUGCUUGCCUUUGUUUGCUCUGCCCCGGAUCCUUAAACUUGUCGGUUUUAUUUUAGUUUGCUGCUGAAUCUGCUUAUAUACUUUUCCUUGGAGAAGAUUCAUGGAUAUAUUUGCUUCAUAUUCAAUAAUGUAUUAGAAAAAUUUGAGAAAUAAGAAACAGGAAGAAUAAAAGAAAUUUGUUUUUGAGA